AUGUCCGACUCAGUUCAACUCGUGAGGUCUGAGUUACUUAUUUUCAGCGGAUUCUCGUUUACCGAGAGCCAAACGACGUCGUUUGUUGUACUUCCGUUACUGCACAAAUCCUUCUGCUCAUGGCACCAACCACCAUCGACAGCAGAGAAGCUCUUUCUGCUCUCUUCUCGCGGUCACCUCGACGAAGCUAUCCGCAUCCUCCGUUCGAACCCCAGCCCGAACUUCCCCCAACUAUCUUCCGAAACAUACCUUUCCCUCAUACGUUCUUGCAUCAAAUUCAAAGCCUUCAGUCAAGGCAAAGAGAUCCACAAGCACAUGGUCAAUGCUGGAUUUGAACCUAGUUUAGCUCUACUGAACAAUAUAAUGAUCAUGUACUCGAAAUUCGGAGAUUUUGGUGAGACCUUCAAAGUGUUUGAGGGAAUGGGCGAGAGAAACUUGUUUUCUUGGACUGUGAUGAUUGGGGCCUGUUCCAAAAAUGGGGAUGCGGAGAAAGCCAUUGAGCUUUAUGGGAAAAUGAUUUCUUCGGGAGUCAAAGCAGAUUGUUUUCUUUAUCCUUUGGUUCUGAAGUCUUGUGGUGCGGUAAAGGAUUUGAGGAGAGGGCAGUGUGCUCAUGGGGAAGUUUUGAUAACUGGGCUACUAGGGGAUGUUGUUGUGAUGAAUUCUCUCAUUGACAUGUACAUGAAAUGUGAAAUGGUGGAUGAUUCUGAGAGGGUUUUCGAUGAGAUGGAUAUUAGAGAUGUGAUUACUUGGACAACAAUGAUCGUUGGCUAUAUGCAGAUGGGUCGCGGUUUAGAAGGAUUAGAACUUCUGAAAGAAAUGUUGAAUUCUCAAGUUAGGCCUAGUUCUGCUACUCUAGCAGGUGUUUUACCCCUGUUUUCUGAUUUGGGAUACUUGGAAUUGGCGAAACAGAUUCAUGGUUUGGCAGCUGUGACAGGAUUCGAGUAUGAAAAGCAUGUGGGCACUGCCCUAGUUGAUGUGUAUGGCAACUGUGGAGGUCUGUAUUUUGGUCGCCUCGUUUUUGAUAGAGUCAAGGAGAAGGAUGUAUCAUGCUGGAACACUAUGAUCAAAAGCUAUGUUCAGGCUAAUCUCAGUGAUGAAGCAAUUAGUUUAUUGAAAUUUAUGCAUUUAGAUGGUAUACAUCCAGUGAAAUCGACUUGGUAUUGCUUCUUUCCACACUAUUCUAAAAGUAAAUUUUCCAUUCAUAAGUUUCUCAAGCUGAUUAAAUGUCUAGAACAUGCUGGAGUAAAACCUGGUGUAGUUCCUGAUACAUUGUUAGAUCAGAUGUAUGAAAAUGUUGAAAAUGUUGGGCGGGUGAAGGAACUUCACUUGUUCUUUAAAAGGAGUGGAGGUAUCUCUAACAGCUCUGUUGGCUCCAGUUUAGUAAGAAUGUACUCUAAAUUUGCAGUACUAGAACCUGCUCAAGAAAUUUUUAGCUGCCUUGGUGUAAAGGAACUAGAUUCUUGGAAUUCUAUUCUAGCUUGCUAUGCUCACAAUGGUUAUGCAAAUAAGGCAUCGGAACUUUUCAAUAAGAUGAGGAAGACUGGGAUAGAACCCAAUGUUCGAAGUUGGAAUACUCUAAUUGCUGGAUUUGUUGAUGUUGGUGAUUUUGAAGCUGCUUUGGAAACUUUCUCUGAGAUGAAGUGGACAAACCAAAGACCCAACUUGGAAAGUUACAAUCUUGUGCUUCCAAUUAUUGAAAGUUCUGCUAGUUCAAUGAUAGGGAAGCAAUUACACUGCAUGUUACUAAGAAGCGAGGGUGAGAUUAAUAAGUUUCUCUGCACAGCCUUCAUCAACAUGUAUGGAAGCAGCGAAAAUGCAAGCUAUGCCAUUAAGCUCUUUGAUUCAAUGGAUUCUAAGGACUUAGUAUCAUGGAAUUCGAUCAUUUCAUGUCUCAUGAAGGGCGGGUUUCUCAACGAAGCCUCUAGGAUUUUCCAUGAAAUGGAAGUUGCAGGGAUAGAAGGGAAUACUAUAACUUGGACCACACUGGUGGCAGGCUAUGCACAACAUGGGCUAGUCGAUGAAAGUUUGAAGCAUUUCCGAGAACUUCAAUUGAAGGGACUAAAACCCAACUCCAUCACUAUAGCUAGCAUCCUUCCAGCCUGUGCACAGUCAGCAACCUUAUCCCAUGGAAAAUCCAUUCAUGGUUACAUCAUAAGAAAUGAGAUCAUCUCAGAAGAUUUAUUUGUCUCCAAUGCUCUCAUUGACAUGUACAUCAAAUGCGGACUCCUGGAAUACUCUGAGCAGGUCUUUAGGAGGUUGCAUCGAAAAGACAUUAUUUCCUGGAACACUAUCAUUCAGGGCUAUGUGAUACAUGGGAGAGCCAAAACUGCUCUCUCCUCCUUUUACCAGAUGCUCGAUGAAGGGUUUGAACCUGAUGGCAUCACCUUUGCAGGGGUUCUUUCUGCAUGUAGCCAGGCUGGAAUGGUUAAUGAAGGAUGGGAACAUUUUAAUAACAUGGACCCAAAGUAUGGGUUAAUUCCUACGGGGAAGCAUUAUACAUGCAUAGUAGAUCUUUUAGGGCGUGCUGGUCUCUUUGAGGAUGCCAGAAAUUUCAUUUAUCAGAUGUCACUUCAACCAACAGCAAGCUUAUGGGGUGCUCUUCUUUCAGCCUGCAAGAUGCACAGAAAUGUAGAGAUGGCCGAGCUUGCAGCCAGCCAUCUCUUAGAGCUACAGCCUGAGAAUUCAGAAAAUUAUAUGAUAUUAUCUGAUAUUUAUGCCAAGGCAAGGAGAUGUGAUGAUUUCAAUCGCAUCAAUAAGAUGAUGGAAGAUCAUGAGGCCAGAAAAUUGCCUGGCUGUAGUUGGAUUGAGAUUGGGAACUCUGUUUAUUCAUUCACGCCUGAGAAUCUUCUCAAUCGGGACAUCAAAGAGGAAGUAAUUACAAUGCUAUUGCUUUUGAAGAAGUUGAUGAUUAUGGUUGAAGAAGGGUAUGUCUCAGAGGUGAAUAUCAUGAACUAA